UUUCCUUUGAAGUGACGAAACUUUACUGAACAGAUUUGUUCGUGUGUCUAAAAAAAUAAAAAGGGAUAUUUUGUAUUUAGACAGGAAUUUAAAACUUACCGUAGGUUAAAAAACAAAACGCGACGUUCGACGAAACCAAGUGAAAUGGAGACGCCAGACUGACUUUCCUGAGAUUUUACGCAUGAAAUCCAGCCCUAAUCCGGUCUUCUGUCCUCACAGGGGUUGUUUGAGGAAGUCAUGGCGGUGUGGUGGGAGCAGGAGGACGUGGCUGUGUAUGAGCAGGUUGUAAUAUUGUUGUCUUGUGCUCUCUCGGUCUUGGGCUCUGUGCUGGUUAUUAGCACGUACGCGCUGUGGCCCGAUUUAAGAACCACACCGAGACAGCUGUUAGUCUUCCUCUCGGUAGCUGAUUUAAUCUCAGCCGUCUCUUACUCGUACGGAGUUUAUAAAGUUUUUAAAGCGAACACUUGGGACUGCGUGACGCAAGGAGCCUUUUCCACUUUCUCCAACACCAGCUCCUUCUUCUGGACCGUGGCCAUUGCUGUGUACCUGUACAUGUUCAUCGUGAAGUCCAGUCAGAGACUAGCCGACAGUUUGGUCUUAUAUUUUCAUCUCAUCAGUUGGGGCGUUCCCCUGGCCAUCACAGUGGCAGCCGUGUCUCUGCAGAAGAUCGGCUACGAUGCGUCCGAGGUGUCUGUCGGAUGGUGCUGGAUCAGCAUCAAGGAAAGCGAUCAUGUGUUAUGGAUGCUACUCACUGGAAAGAUAUGGGAACUACUUGCCUAUGUGAUACUGCCUGUGCUUUAUAUCCUCAUCAAGAGACACAUCCACAAAGCGCAUGCAGCCCUCUCAGAGUACCGGCCCAUCUUGGCCUGUAACCGACUUUCUCACUCAGUUCCUGCAAUGGCAGACAGAAAGCUCACACUCAUUCCCAUCAUCUUCAUCACACUGCGCAUUUGGAGCACCGUUCGCUUUGUGCUGCUGCUCACUGACUCUCCUGUCAGACAAAACCCUGUGCUGGUCACCUUACAUGGAAUCGGGAACACCUUUCAAGGAGCUGCAAACUGCAUCAUGUUUGUUCUGUGCACUCGACCGGUGCGGGCAAGACUGUUGGCUCGGCUCUGCUGUCGAAGCCAUGACACACAGAGCAACUCGGAUAUUCCGUCUUACCACAGAGCUAAAACACACUCGUAUUCUCACACAGACAGGCCCAGCGUCUCACACAUGGGAGUUGAUGAAAGUGAGGAUGAGGAAUAGUAAGUAAAACCCUGCUUGCUUGUUGACCUUCAGCACUUAAUCUAGAGCACCACACUCAGCCAAGCAGAUCUGCUGGAAAACUUGAUGAACUGUAAAGUGACUGCCAUGCUUUCUGCACAGAGGAGCAGGUGGAUGUGUGUGAGUGUUCAAAACUCCACUUUCUGAUUGCGAGUGCGUUGAAGGAUUAAAGAAGACUGCAGUCACAUGCUACACUUUCUAGAGUCCGAGUGUCCUUUAUGUUCACAGUGUAGCAGUGCUGUGUUGUAUGCUGGCACUUUAGUAUUUUUUCCCCACUUAAUCAUGAGCUCAGGGAUGUGAGGAUUUAGAGGUCAUUUAGUUACGUGACCAAAACCCUGCACGUACUGUGAACAUACUAUUUGAAUACCUCAGUCAUUUUCUGACUAAAUACAUCUUACAGCACGGAGUGCCUUGAAAUGGACUAACAAUGUAUUUGAAAUUCUGUUUUAAACAAGUUGGAUAUGUAGCAUGCCAUUAUUUACCUGUAACCAGACUGACUGUUAGGGUGUAAUCUGAUCUAGUGAAAAUUACAGGAUAACCUGGAAAAUAAUUACUGAUCCAGAUCAUUGAUCUUAAUAGUCUGUGUAUAUAUAUUAUUUGAAAAAUGGAAAUUUGUGGCAUAGUACACUUUAUUGAUAUUUUUACUGUUAUGGUUUUUGUUUUGUUUUUUAGUAAAGUUACAUUGACCAAGAGUCA